AUGGCGAAGCAACAGCGCCAACGCCAGGAAUUAGCAAGUGUGGAAAUUAGACGACCGGAUGCCAGCCACCCGUGGGGGAUAUGCUAUGCAGUUCUGCCCUCGGGACCGGAGAUUCUGAAGGUCAUGAAUGAAAGCCCAGCUUAUGGCCGCUUGCGCAGCGGUCAAGUGAUUAAGACUAUCAAUGGACAAUCUGUUCUGGGACUAAAACGAGAGGAUAUCACCGACCUACUCAACAUUGAUGAUGAAGUUGUUGUUCUUGAGAUCACCCCGGCCGAUUCAAACAACCCUAAGUCGUUGUUUUUCGCACGGGAGUAUGGCCGAGGAUCGGUUGAGCCAGGUAGUUUUAGUCGAACUUGUCGUAGGAAUAGUGAGAUGUCAACAACAUUAGAGCGCCGUGGAAGUAACGCGUGCGUGGAAAUGCCAACAAACCUACCAAACUGCCGAGACGAAUUUGAACGCAUUCACAGUCAGCGCAAGCAGUCCCGUGAACUAACAUUCAGUCAGAUGGAGAACCUUCGGCUUCAACGUGCAGCGUCUGUGGAUAUCUGUGAUAGUGAUAGUCGUUCAAGUUCUACUUUACGUCCACAACAGUCACUACAACCAGGAGCAUUGGUAGACCCUCAGAGAGAGGAAGACAACGGGAUGACUAGGUUGCGUUACAUGGGAGCACAUAUUCCAUCACGGUCGUUCAAAGCCCUCGCAUUACUCAUGGGAAUGGACCCUUCCGACACCAACAUAGGUCAGCAAAGCACGAAACCAUCCUCGACAGAACCCUGCCGAACGGUGAUUGAUGUUCGAGCCACGGCAGAAGCAAUGAGGAAGGGGUCACUUGGUCAUUCAUCCAUCAACGGCAGUGGUUCAGUGUCCGGUUCGCUUCCCCCUCAUCCUCCCUCAACUUGCAAUUCUUCUGUUAAAGCUCUAUGA